AAUUAAUUCGAGCAAACUUCUGCCUACUGGAUCAGACAAAUUUCGUCUUUAACGAAUGAAGAACAGCUUUGCAACUUCGUUCAAAGCAAUUCUAAAAUUUUGCUUCUUGGAGAGAAGAGAAGCGAUCUCCGGAUAUUUCCAGUCUGAUUUGGAGCUCCUUAACACUGCAUGCAGCAAAGACGGUGCGUUCGGCCAUUGAGGGGAAACUGUGUCAAGGAAAGCAUCCCAACACCACAGGCAAAUGGAGCAAACCUAUGGGGAGGUGAACCAGUUAGGAGGGGUUUUUGUUAACGGCCGACCUCUUCCCAACGCCAUCCGACUAAGAAUAGUGGAGUUAGCACAGCUCGGGAUCCGUCCGUGCGACAUCAGCCGCCAGCUCCGCGUUUCCCAUGGCUGUGUGAGCAAGAUUCUGGCGAGAUACAACGAAACCGGCUCCAUACUGCCCGGUGCGAUCGGAGGCAGCAAGCCGCGGGUUACGACACCAAACGUGGUGAAGAGCAUACGGGAAUACAAGCAAGGAGACCCGGGGAUUUUUGCCUGGGAGAUUCGGGACCGACUUCUAGCAGAUGGAGUAUGUGACAAAUACAACGUGCCCUCUGUCAGCUCCAUCAGCCGGAUUUUACGGAACAAGAUUGGCAACCUCUCCCAGCCCAACCAGUACGAAAGUGGCAAACAAGCUGCGUCGCAGCCCAGUCUCUCUUACAAUCAUUUAUAUCCAUACACAUACCCCAAUGCGAUGUCUCCUUCCGGGACCAAAAUGAGUAAUUCUGCCGGUGUCCCGGUCACCGGGGGACAUGUUAGCAUACCGCGAGGCUGGCCUUCAGCUCACACCGUCAGCAACAUCCUGGGCAUACGUGCUUUCAUGGACCCCACAGCCAUUGCUGGUACUGAAGGCUACACACCGAAAAUGGAGGAUUGGGGUAGUGUGAACCGAGCAGCUUUUCCUUCCACACAUGGAGUCAACGGAAUAGAUAAAUCUUCCAUUGAGACGGACAUAAAGUACCCUCAGCCUUCAUCGACUCUGUCUAGUUACGUUGCGCCGUGUGCCUAUUCUCCCUCGAAUCAGUAUGGUGUGUAUAGUGGUGCAGCAGGCAGCUAUGUGAGCCCCGGACACCACUGGCAGGCUCAGGGAUCGAGCGCUAUGUCCAUCCAUUCAGGGGAAAUCCACUCUGCCAUGUCCUUCAAACACACAGCCCGAGACGGAGACAGAAAACCCCCGAGUCCCCUAAGUAAGCAACAGCACGAGGUGCUGAGCAGCAUACACGGACUCAGCCUUCCUACGUCAUCAUCAUAGCCCUGGAUACGUUGUGGCGCGUGCAGCGUAAAUAUUAGCAAUACAUUUGCCCAUUUCACGAACAGUAAGUUCAAACGCUACUUUUCCCCCCACCAUGCGAAGAGCAAUCUACCGUACAUUCUUAAUUUCUGAAACAAAAUGAAUGUAAAGUUUUACUUUUAUUGCAAAUGUGCUUUGUGCUGCGUUGAAUGUUAGAUGGUUGUUGUUGUUUUUUUUGUCUUUUGUCCCUCAAAAUUCUUGUAUGUUUGCGCUAUUUAUAUAAAAAAACGACUGCAUUGCGAAAUGCAAAACGAAUUUUUUGCCAUUGUCCAGAAUAUCUUGACAAUUGUGUAACGUUAUUUGUUACAUGUCGUCUUUCACUUGGGAAAUAAAUUGCAGUACCUUAAUCACAGUCAGAUAUGUGAACUGAGUAAUUGUUAAUGUAAAUAUGAUAAAUUCUUUAGUUAUAUAUUUUUAUAAAUUCUUGUGUAAAUAAGCUGAAUAAAGGCAUUGUACAAGUACAUUGCUAUACACUAUGUCCUUAUUGUGUCUGAAUACACUUUGAGUCAUAUACUAAUUGGUUUUAGCCUCAUUUUCGCGAAUUCCAGCUUUGGUGUUCGUGUGUAUUUGGAUGUUUCGUGUGUAUUAUCGAGUCCAUCAGCCCCUGGGUUGGUGGUAUCCCAGAAUAUCGUACAACAACCACAAUUAGGUGCAAAAGUGCUGUUAAAACUCAGGGUUGUUUUUUCCCCUAAAACAGUUCAAUGCAGUAUGCAUGGGUGAUAAAGACUACUUUGCUUUCCUCUGAACUGCUACCAUGCUUAAUGGCGCCUAGCAGCGUUUGGCGCCUUAUGUGAUGCUAUCUUGGUUUAUUCUGGAAUAAAGCCACCAAGUCGGUAAAAUAUCGAAUAUCAACUUGAUUGACUUCCUUGAUUCUCAUAUGUGUGCAGAGGUUUGGGAUAUAACCAUCGGCUACAGCUGUAUUUUUCGGGGACAGAUUUGACCUUUUUGGGGGACAGAUCCCUGAUCUGUUUAUGAACUGUCAGAAUGAAAAUGGCUUAGCAGAAGUGAUGAUAUUUCAGAUAAUUAUUUCGAUAUGAGAUAAUAGAAUUAUAACAGUGUGCAAGCCUAGUAGAGCAGCUCGGGUAGACUAAAUGUGUCUGAAACAACGAAAAGUAAUCCACAUGAAUCCUUUUCAUUUUUUAAUCGUCGUUUUCUAUUCUUUCUUUCUGUUCAUAAAGAUAUUGUUUGUACUACUUUUUUAUUGAAUUAUGAGUUUAUUCGUGAUUUAAUAUGGAUGCUGUUCAGGCCUAAUCCAAAUCUAUUCAGUAGUGAACACAGUUCAAGACAGGUUUCCAAUUUUAAGUGGCAUUUUGUUUUGCCACAGUUUUCAAAGGUCCUGGAAUAUUUUGUAUUUUUCAUAUUUUUGUUGUUAGUUUUUUUGUUUUUUGUAUUUUUUUGUACUAUUUUUAUAUUUCGUGAAGUAAAUCAAGUGGAUGCACAGAACUGCUAUUUCCUUUCAAUGGCUAAGGCUAGCUGUAAGAUAUUGCCUUCUCUGGUGUAAUAAGGUGUGCAGAAUGAGCGUGCACGAGCUGAUUUUCCACCUGGCCUGCUGUUUGGGAAAUCUUAAUUUCCCGUUCAGUUUGAUUGGGAUUAGUAAUACGGUUGGCUGUCACAUGCUAUGCACAAAAGCAGUUUUAUGGUUAUGCUGACGUAACAUAUUAGUUCCUGUGCGUUUUAAUACCGAGUAAUGCGGAAGAUCACUGCUGUCUAUAAGAGCCGGGAUGAAGCCUUUUCAUUUCUGGGAAAUUGUUUACAUUUCCUGCAUAUUAGUUGGCGAUUUUUAAAACUUGAUUAUUUUAAUAGAUUUUCAAACAGCUUUAAAAUUAGAUUUUCCAUUUGUCCUUCCCAGACAGAGCAGGCUACGGAAUUCGUGCAUCUAGGCCAUCAUUAGCCUACUUCAGAAAUAGCUGUAGGUUUUAUUCAUAUUGGAAUCUUUAACGCUGCAUUAUAUUAAUACAGGAUCAGAAAUUACAACAAAGUAUGGUUACAUUUGCUUAUUUAUAUACAUACACAUCUACACACUUUACAUAUUUAGCCUAACGUUAAGACAUUAAAGACAGACUGGCUUUAAUCAGUUUCCCCAAUCCAAAGCCUUAAACUGACAAUCUGCUUAUAAAAUAUUUAAUAAUAAUAUUUAAUAAUAAUAAAUAAUAAUAUAAUAAUAAAAAUAACUAACUGUUCACAUAUACUUACAUAGAUAUAGAUAUUUACGUUUAUAGUACGUUAUUCAGUUGCAAAAUAGAAAAUACAAUUAAAUUAAAUUAAAUUACAUUAAAAAUAUUCAGCUUUUUCUGGGAAGAUUGAAGCGUACUGUCGACUGUUAUAGGAAACAUAAACACACACAGCAGACAGAGAGAGAGAGAGAGAGAGAGAGAGAGAGAAGGGUAAAUAAUGACAGUAAUGCUGAAAGCACAACACAGUUAGUUGACAUUUGUGUGUCUGUAACUUGGCAGUGCGCACCGGAGGGAAUAACACUUCAGCCAGUCAGUACUUUGAGGAAUGAUUGCGUGCGGAAAGACGAUAUUCUGUUUUCAUUGUUUGCAAUCCCACCCGUAGUCACAGGUAGACCAUGUGAAAUUAUCCCCACCCCUCCAAACACAUUUACCCUGCACAAUCUAACCAAAAACCUGCAGGGAGAGUGCCUGCUCUGCCAGCACGGAAACAUUAGGUCUUUUCUUUUCU